GUUUGGAGCGCCGAACACGGGAACGCCAGCAUAAAACUGAGACUAGUCAGUACGAAAAAAAGUGACUAAGCAUUCCCUAUCCAGGUUUAGUAUCAAUCGCGCCCGUAUCGAGUUAGGAGCCAACGAUUAGAACACAGUCCGCUCAGCGACAGAUCGCCACGCCAGGAAAAGGUCACCAAGAUUGGGGAGCAUCUGGACAGUCCAAUCAGUCCACCUGGAACAAUCAUCGGGAGCGGUGCUCGUUGGAUAGAGUUUUGCGGAAUCAGUGUUACGAUCGAAGUUGUUGGCGCGCAAUGGGUGAUGAACUAUGUUUCGGGCAUGGCAGUAGGCUACCACAAGACAACGUGUCCUGGAAGCAGUGGUUAGAGCUUUUGACUACGACAAAAAAUGGCACACUAGAUCGGAUGUUGCUCGAUUUGCUGCCGGAUGAGCUCUGGCAGGGGCACGCGGUGGCGCUUAGCGUUGUUGGCCACACCAUUGCACUGAUUUUGGUUGUUUGGCUGUGCUGGAAGUUUUACUACACGCCGUUCGUCUGGAAAAGGGACCUUACCGACAUUGGCUACAACCAUGUCCUGGAUAACGAGCAGAUACGCCGAAACGACAAAAAGCGAGCCCACACCAUCAACCGAAUAAGACGGCUCCGAAGCGUAGGCCAACGGAUUCCACCGCCGUAUCCAAACGGCUGGUACAGCAUCCUGGAGUCGGAAACCCUGGCCAUCGGUCAGGCCAAAAGCGUCGAUUGUCUCGGUCAAAAUUUCGUCGUCUUCCGCACUGCCAGCGGCGAGGUUAACGUCCUGGAUGCAUACUGUCCCCAUUUAGGAGCGAAUCUCGGAGUUGGUGGCGUCGUCAGAGGUGACUGCAUUGAAUGCCCGUUCCACCAUUGGUCUUUCAGCGGUCGCGAUGGGCAGUGCACCAACAUUCCGUACAUGAAAUCCGGUUCGAUUCCGAAAUCGGCCAAGCUGAAAAAGUGGAAAUCGUUGGAAGCCAAUGGAUUCAUCUUCGUGUGGCACCACGUGGACGAAACGGCUGAACCGUGGGAGAUGAAGAUUGUCCCAGAAGUCGACGAUGGCCGAUGGGCGUACUACGGGAGGAAUGAGUUCCUGGUCAACGCUCACAUCCAGGAUAUACCGGAAAAUGGGGCUGACGUUGCUCACUUGUCAGCGGUUCACGGGCCAAACUGUAUGUCCGGUAGUGAUCUCCGAACAUAUAGACCUGCUUGGGCGGAAUUCGGAAUGCACGCCUGGAAUGCAAGCUGGUUCGCUCCGGAAGAGUCCGAUCCGCCUCACAUCGCCCGAAUGGAUCUGAAGCAUUCGUUUAAAUUCUUCAAAAAGUUCGAAUUCUGCACCGUCGACGUCAAGGCGUUCCAAAUCGGACCGGGCUACGUGCAGCUGCUGAUGCACACAGGCCUUGGUCCGAUGGUGGCUCUGCAGACAGUCACCCCAGUGGAACCGCUCGUCCAAAAGGUCGUGCAUCGAUUCUACGCCCCACGCAGCUUGGGCAAUGCCUUCUUCCAAAAAUUUGCCAUCUGGGCCGAAAGUGUUAUGUUCGAACGGGAUAUGAUGAUUUGGAACCACAAGCAGUUCAUCGACAGUCCACUGCUGAUCAAGGAGGACCGCUUGAUCAAGUCCUACCGCAAGUGGUACAGCCAGUUCUACUCGGAGAACAGCGUCAGCUAUACAUUGGCCAAGGAAAACUUGGACUGGUGAAUCGGGGGCGGAAGUUGCCUUGCCAGAUCAUACCUAUUACUUAUAUUGCUUAACGAUCUUAGAUGCUUUAGGUUAGAAUUAAAUUAGAUGGCUGAUACCAGAGGCAACCUGUGAUUUCCGACGAACAUUGAAAUACUGCUGCCAUUAGAACUGUAAAGUGGUUGUGACGAUAUGCUUACUUGAAUAAACGAAUAAAUUAGUUCUGUGAA